GAGAUACAUGGUCAAAAGACUGGCACGAGUUCCUCUCAGACUCACUGCUUCGUCGUUAGAUAAAUAUGCAGAAAGAUUGACCUCCCUUCCACCAAUGGAUGGUCCAAGUGUCACGCCAUUGCUGCAGAGUGAACUAUUACCUCGCAACCGACCUAUCACUGUUGCAAAUUCUCUCCUCAAACGCAGGACGGACAGCAAGUUCGGCCAACAUGUCCAUCAAACGCGCCCGCAGCGACUCCGACUCGCCUGCCGCCGCCGCCGCCGAUCUGUUGUCGUCCGAGGAGGAUGGGGGUCCGUCGUGGCCAGCAUCCCCAGCAUCCUCCACCGCGCCCUCUCUCGGACGCUCCAAGGUGCACUUACCAGACACGGCCGCUCCGGUUGCUGAAGUCAUGCACUGCUCCCUCCCACCGCACCGCGAGACCAUCGCCUUCGCCUCCUACGACGAUUACGAGGUCCAUUACCGGCAGUCACAUGUCAACCGCUGCUCCCAAUGUGGGAAGAAUUUCCCCACGGAUCGUUUCCUGAAUCUUCACAUCGAAGAGAACCAUGACGCCAUCGUCGCUACGCGACGGGAACGAGGCGAGAAGACGUACGGGUGCUUCAUCGAGGACUGCGAGCGCAAAUGCUCGACGCCUCAGAAACGCAGAAUGCACCUCAUCGACAAGCACAUGUUUCCCAAGACAUACAAUUUCUACAUAGUCAAUGAUGGGAUUGACAAACAGACCUCGUUGUUGCGGCCAACCAAGACGCACCGGCGCCGUCUAUCUACUACGCCAGCCUCGCCCCAGGAAGGGCGGCUGAGGAACAGACCGACGUCUGGGACCUUUUCGAGCGCGAACUCGGGUGUGCAACAUACUCUCGCGACUCCCGCGGUCGCCGAUGAGAUAGAGAUCGCCGAGCUGGAGAAGUCCAUGUCUGCGCUGCGAUUCGUGCCAUCCAGUGUUACGAGGAACCAUGGCAGGGUUGGAAGGAGAUCUUGACCUUGCGGUAGCUCGGCAUAUAGCUUACGUCCUACCUGGAAGAUUGAAGCAGGCACACGAACAGAAUCUGUGAUUCUUCACAGUUUUCUGACGCCGGAUCAUUCGAUAACUCAUAUUGCUUUUUUCGGCGCCUUGCUCAAAUUGGGAACCAGGUCACAUAGCAAAAGGGACUCUCCAGAAGGACCUGCAAUAACUAUCACAUGCGGGGAAGAGCAUCGAUGACGUUCCUGUUCCUUCGUGGUAUCAGAGCCUAAAGACUCCCUCCCGUGCCGGAAAGCACCUGCCAUAGUCGGCAGAUUGAGACUCAUGUCACAGGCGAGUGACCACGGCGCAGGAGUUCGCUCUGCUCCAGAAGACAUAGCAAGACAUAGCAAAUCAUAACCUAUCUAUAUACAGGGGUAAUAAAGGAAUAUGAAGACUUCGAGCAGCGUGGGUAUACA